AGCCGUUUGGCUACCCUUUUUGGGGCUCCCAGGGCGGGCGCCUUCCGCGGCACACCCCGUCGGCCGCGGCUGGACAGGCGCCCCGCCCGCGUCGGCCCUUGGCAGCCCGAGCGCCGGGAGGCCACCUCGGAGAGCGUGGGCCGUCAUACCACCUCCGACUGGGCUCCCGCGGCCUGGAGAGACCACGAUGGAGCCCGCGGCGGACGAGGUGGCAUCCACGGAGGCGUCCGACAGCGAGGUGAGGCAGCACUUGGCGGCCGCGCCAGCACACGUCGAGGACGACGUCGACGAGGCCGUGAAGAAGUUGGGGCCUUACAUGCGGCCUCCGGUGUACCAGCGCAUUUUGUUGGGAAUGCUGCAGGCGACUGACGAGGUGUUCUCGGAAGCGGGCAUCCCGUACUGGAUCUGCGGUGGUGUGCUGAUCGGUGCCAUGCGCCACGGCGGGUUCGUGCCUCACGACGACGACCUCGACAUCGAGUGCUUCGAGUCCGACGUGCCCAGGAUCAAGGACGACGCGUUCGCGGCCUCCUCCCUGCCGGUGUGCUUCGAGGUCUGCAGCAGGCAGAGAAGCGGCGCCUUCGGCAAGCUGGUCUUCUUCGACAUCAAGACGAUACAGACCACGAUCGACGUGUUCCUGCGGGAGGAGUCGCUCGAGAAGCUGCCCGAGUUCCCCUCGGCCGCCGAGGUCUUCCCGCUGAGGAGAUACGACUUCAACGGUGUGCUCGUCAGCGGGCCGGGAGGCGAUCCCCGCGCAUACUUGGCCCGGUGCUACAGCCCGGAGGUGUUCGAUGUGGUGAAGGUCUGGAACCACCAUGUCGACUAUCUCGGGGACGUGGACACCGCGGUGUUCGACGCCAGCUCUUGGUCGCUGCCGCUGCCAGUGUACUUGGACCCCUCUGACGCCGUGUCGAGGCUGGGCUACCGCCCGCCGGCGGUGGAGGUCACCGCGGCCGAGACGUUCGCGCACCUCGGCCGUGAGGGCGGCGAGGUUCAGACGAUGCUGUGGGAGACGCUGGGCUGGGCAUCCCCGAUGCUUCCACCCCCAGACGCGGUCUGCUUCGAUGACGCGGGGUAAAAAGAUGCAGCUUUGUCCUCUUUUGUCCCCAUCAUUCCUUACCGGGCCCUCCGCCUCCCUCUCCUCCUCCUCCUCCUCCUCCUCCUCCUCCUCCUCCUCCUCCUCCUCCUCCGCCUUGCGCACCAGCCUGCACAGCUGACCAGGACA